AUGCCAAGUCAGUAUGUUUUGGUUAAAGAUAUUGUCCCUCUUGAUAGAGAGAGGGCUAUACGAGUUAGGUGUGUUAGAGUUUAUGAAAUACCUGAAAGGAGAGGCUCGAAAGAGAUGAAGAGUAGAGAGGUUCUGGUAUGCGAUCAAGAGGGAACUUUUAUUCAUGUAAACAUGCAAAACUCGGAUGUAGACAAGUACAAGAAUGUCUUCAAGGAAGGGAAGCUCUAUUCUAUAAAAAAAAUUUUGGUGUUCAGCCAGUACUAUAUGUAUAGGACUUGUGAUCACCAGUAUAUGAUAAGGUUGAACUACGAUACUCAGGUCAAGGCAAUCAAAUCCAGAGGCUUUCCUACCAACAUGUUUCAGCUUAAACCCUAUCAAUGUCUGAAAGAUCCAACUUUAGUGAAUGACAAAGUCAUGUUUGAUGUAAUAGGCAGAGUCAUUGAGAUACAUGCUCCAGUUGACAAAAUAAUAGGGGGGAAACCAGCUAAACUGAUAGAUUUCAAGAUAGCAGACAAUGAGGGAAAUCAUUUGAAAUGCACUGUUUGGGAUAACCAUGUAGCUCCCAUGCUACCAUUCUACAAUUCAGAUCUCAAAGAACCAUUAGUUGUGGUCAUUCAACUAUGUAGGGCAAAAAUUGUAAAUGGUGAAGUCAGGAUCACAAGUUCCUAUGAUGCUACCAAGCUGUACUUGAAUUCCUCUUAUCAGGAAGUUGAAGAUUUCAGGGCCAAGAGUGGUGCUAUCACUGUCACUUCAGUUGGUGAUUUAUUGAAAAACAAACAGGAUGGGGAUUUUUAUGUCCCUGCAGAGAUUGUAGGAAUUGAAGGUUCAUUUGGAUGGAUGUACAUAUCUUGCAUGACAUCGGGUUGCAACAGAAAACUGAAACCAGAUGGAGUUGAUCUACUGUGUACAAAUUGUGAUAAAAAGUACAAGGAAGGAAUGACAAGAUAUCGGGUUAAAAUAAGGGUUAUGGAUAAAGGAUUAUCAGAUGCUCCCUUCCUUUUAUGGGAUAGGGAGUGUUCAGAGUUGGUAGGAAUCCCUGCAAACAUCCUCUACAAGAAAUAUAACAAGGUUUCAGACAUUCCAAAAGAGUUGGAAUCACUAAUUGGAAUGUCAAUGAUAUUUAAGAUAUCAUUGAAAAUCAGUGAGAUGAGGGGAUCCAAUCCAGCCUAUAUUGUGAUGAGACUGUUGAGGGAUGAAAUAUUAGUCUCUACCUACUGUUCAAAGCUGAAAGACAACCAAGAGAAGGACCUGAUAUCUAAAAUGAUUGAUGAGGAUGAAGAGGAUGAUGAUGAAUCUGAUCAGGAAGCAUCCAAUGGUGAUAAUGAGGUCAACAGUCCCACAAGUGUUCAGCAAACUCAGAGUCCAGUGCCUAAUUUGGAAGAAUGUAAUUUGGUUAAGAGAUCACUAAUUGAUCAGUUCUCUUCUUCUGGCAAGGUUGGAUUUGAGAACUCCUAA